ACUUCUCCGUCGUCCGACGAUACGCUCGAGCCCGGUCAACUGCUUCGUCACGAUUCUCCAAGUGGACCUCAUUCACCACUCGUCUCGACUCCGAACUCCUCCUCUCCUCGCCCAGCCUCCUCUUCGACAGAUCUAGCCUCUAGACUCCUCUGCCCGCUCUACCCUACAGAUGGCCUAGCCUCGACUCUCCUGGCCACUUCGGCCCUCUCAACACCAUUCCUCACCACUUCCAUCAACAGCAGCGUCAGCAGCAACAGCAGUCGUCCUUCUGACAUUUUCCUGCUCCCUCCCUCCUCGGUCCAAUUGGCUCCAGUCUCCUCUGCUUGUCCAGGGACCGGGCAACCGACGACGUCGUCGCCGGCGAUGUUCUCGGUGCCGCAAGAUUGCUUGUGGCCGGCCAAUGAGGCGAAAACCGGUUGGGAGACGACUUCAUCUCAGCCACCGGUCGCCGUCUCCAGCCCUGCUCCGGCCUCUUUCGCCAGUCGUCCUGCCAGUCUUCCCGCCGACUCAGAAUCGGCGCCACUUUCGUUACGGCUCCUCUCUCAGCCUCAAUCAGCCGGCGCUUUGGCACCACACGCCGAUGCUCCGAGGCCAGAGUUCGGCCAACCAACUUCCGGCUCAUCAGCACUGGCCAAAUCAACCGCGUCAACCUGUCUUGGUCGCGAAUCGUCGAAUCCGGCCGUGUCCUGUAGGGCCGUCGGAGUGCCUCUGGCGGUGCCGCCCACACGAGCAACCGCUCCCCCCUGUGACCCAAAAGGAGCUAGUGGCAGUGGAGCCAAGUGGUUAGCGUGUCAAGCUCCCAUCCUGCACUGUCGCGGUUCGACUCCCGCUGAGAGUGUUGAUAAGACCGAUGCGAGCUGGAAACUGCAGUUCACUGGUGCCUGGAUGAGAACAACUUUUGGGAAAGCAAGGCCAUGUGAAAUUGAAUGGAAACGACAGCUCUACUCAUAUAAUUGGCCUUCGCCAGAUCUCAUCAUAAUCACUCGGGCGGAGGACUUCGGAUAA